CUUUCCGUCUCUGUUGAAGAGACUCUAUUUUGAGUGUCUUCUUCAUAUCAGUUACACUACAUUUUCUUUCAUACUUUCCGUUGAUAAAACGAACUGCCCUAUUCUGGAUUUGCUCUAAUUUAUUGAUGAGUGUUUGAGUAUGUGGAUCCCAUACUGAUGAACAAUAGUCAAGUAUUGGUCUGACCAUUGUCUUGUACGACAUUUCCUUGACAUGUGAUGGACAAGAAUGCAAGUUCAUUCUCAGGAAACCAAGUAUUCUGUUUGCCUUGGAGCAGACUCUGUCUACAUGAGAAUUCCAUGAAAGAUGAUUACUUAUAUCUACACCCAGGUUGGGUUCCCACUAUUGCAACAGGACUAAGUCUCAUAGGGGCUGUACUGGCGGAUGAAAUCAUCAAGAAGACUUCUCAUCAGCUAGUCGCGUUCAUGGGAGUAUCUCUAUGCUUUAGCGCCUGUCUCGUCACCUCAGUGAUGCCCAUCUAUCCUCCGAUGAUAUUUACGUUCGGAAUUUUAUAUGGGUUCGGUUCGGCCUUUUCCGUAACAUCAGGAAUGGUUGCCAUUGUUGACUGGUUCCCGAAAGACUCCUGUUCGAGAGCAACUGCUGUGGCAGUAGCUGGAACCUCGGCUGGCAUGCUGGUGUUCAACCCGAUCACAUAUAAGCUCGUGUCAGAUGUGGGAUGGCGUAACACUUUGAGAAUAAGUGGCUUUAUUCUUCUUGUCGUUGGCUAUGCUGCAAGCGCAACUUUCUCCAAACCUGUCAAGGAAUCUCUUGAAUUAAAACAACCUGCUGAAAACCCAGAAACAAAAGCUUCUCUUCUCAAAACAACGAACGCAACUUGUAAAAAUGCCAUCUCCAUGGGCCCUAAGAAGUCUUCGAACAUAUCUUACGUAAACAAACUUUCAAGAAAUCCUUACGACUUGUUGCUAUUUCCUGAAUUUUGGAUGAUGUUCUUUGGAAUAGUUAUUUCAGCAAUGUCCACAUCUCUUUUCUUUUUUUAUUGGGUAAGUAGCAAAGAUUUAUACAUUUUUAUAUGAAGAGAACUAAUUAGCCUAACUCAUGAUGUGACUGAGUCAAUUAUAAUUGCCCCGCGGUAAGUGAAGGAACCUUGACUAAGAUGAGAUGAGAAGUAUUUGAUGAUGAUAAUGGUGGUGAUCAUCAGGG